GAUGAAGUGAAGCUCCCGUCUAAACUGAGCAUCAGCAAGUCUCUGAAGGAGGGUGAAAAGCUAGAGAAGGAAGGUGAGGGCGAGGAGGUGCCUGCAGGUGAGGACCAUGCAGAGGAGGACCAUGUCCAGCUCUCCUCAGAUGAAGAGGUGGAGAUUGAAGAGAUUAUUGAAGAGUCACGGGCAGAGCGCAUCAAGAGGAGCGGCAUGAAAAGAGUGGAUGACUUUAAGAAGGCAUUCUCAAAGGAGAAGAUGGAGAAGACUAAGCUAAAGACCAAGGAAAACCUGGAGAAAACCCGCCACAACUUGGAGAAGACCCGCCAGAACCUGGAGAAGAGGAUGAACAAGCUGGGCACCAAGAUUGUGACUAAUGAAAGGAGAGAGAAGAUGAAGACCUCUCGGGACAAGCUGAGGAAGUCCUUCACCCCUGACCACACCAUCUACGCCAGGUCCAAGACGGCUGUCUACAAAGUGCCACCCUUCACUUUCCACGUCAAGAAAAUAAGAGAGGGGGAGGUGGAAGUGAAAGCCACGGAGCUGGUGGAGGUUGAUGGAGAGGAGGGAGAAAACUCGGAUCUGCUGCGUGGGGAGAGCCCCGAGACGCACACGCUGCUGGAGAUCACGGAGGAGUCGGACGCGGUACUGGUGGACAAGAGUGACAGCGAGUAGGACACGGGCUGCAGCGCGGAAGGGUUGUGGAGGACGGCUGAACACGGAACCAUUCACAUGUCAAGAUCUUCUCUCUGCCCUGGUGCCCCAGGGCAA